AUGGGAAGUUUUGGUGAAGGAUUAACAAGUCCGGAGGUGGAAAUUGUUGAAGGAGGAGUUAUCGUAGAUAGUAAAACACGUUUUGCCGAUCUGAAAGCAAUGUUAGACAGUUCGAAGGAUAAUUUGAAGAUGGAUGCUAUGAAACGAAUCAUAAAUCUGGUAGCGAAAGGGCGUGAUGUGUCAGAACUUUUUCCCGCGGUUGUUAAGAAUGUUGCUGCUAAAAAUCUUGAGCUAAAGAAAUUGGUUUUCGUUUAUCUAGUGAGAUACGCCGAAGAGCAGCAAGAUUUAGCACUUCUUUCAAUCAGCACUUUUCAACGCGCCUUAAAAGAUCCUAAUCAACUUAUUCGGGCAAGCGCCCUACGUGUUCUAUCGAGCAUCCGAGUACCUAUGAUUGCUCCAGUAAUGUUGUUGGCUAUACGUGAAUCAGUUCGUGACAUGUCUGCUUAUGUUCGAAAAGUAGCUGCGCAUGCAAUACCGAAAUUGUAUUCACUUGAAGAAAAUUUACAACCGGAACUGAUCGAGUGUAUUGAUUAUCUUCUCGGUGAUAAGCGUACUCUUGUACUCGGUAGUGCGGUAUAUGCUUUUGAGGAAACUUGUCCAGAUCGAUUUGACUUACUUCAUAGACAUUACCGGACUUUGUGUAAGGCUAUAGUAGAUGUAGAUGAAUGGGGACAAGUGGUGAUGAUUGGAUUGUUAACUCGUUAUGCACGCAGUCACUUUGUUGCGCCAACAGAAGUAGUUGAUCCAGAUCUUACACUUUUGCUUUCAUCGUGUCGUCCAUUGCUACAAAGCCGAAACUAUGCUGUAGUUAUGGCUGUCGCUCAGUUAUUUUAUCACUGCGCGCCAUCUUCACAACUAUCAAUUAUCUCACGCGCGCUCGUCCGGCUAUUACGUGGCCCGCGUGAAGUACAGAGUGUUGUACUUGUUAACAUAGCAACAAUUUGCGCAACCAGUCCGGUACUUGGACGACUUGAUUUUGCUAUAAGCAAUAAUAUGUUCGAAUCAUUUCUGAAAAGCUUUUUCAUACGCCCAGCAGAACCGAAGCAUAUCAAAUUGUUGAAGCUACAAGUGUUGACAUCAUUGGUUUCAGAAACAAAUGUGCAGCUGGUUCUUCGUGAAUUACAGACUUACGUUGGCAUAACAGAAAUAGCAGAUGCUGCGGUAGAAGCAAUAGGACAGUGUGCUAUUCGUGUUAGUUCUGUUGCUGAUUCGUGUCUCUCUGGACUGGUAUCCCUAAUUGCUUCAUCAAACGAGAAUGUUGUUUCCGCUUCUGUCGUUGUUUUGAAAAGACUACUACACACGAAUCCGCCUUUACAGUUACUUACACGUGUACUUCAUCUUAUUAAUUCUGUCAAAACACCACAAGCUCGGGCAUGUGUGAUUUGGCUUGUUGCUACACAUGUUGAUAAAGUUCCAACUCUAGCACCAGAUGUCUUACGCAAAAUGGUCAAAAGUUUUACACAUGAAGAUGAGAUGGUGAAGUUACAAACAGUAAACUUGGCAGCAAAACUGUGGUUUACAAAUCAUCAGAAAUGUGAAUUACUAGUGCGCCAUGUAAUGCAGUUGGCUCGAUUCGACCAAAGUUACGAUGUUCGGGACAGAUGUCGAUUUUUACGAAAUCUGCUGUUCAGCAAUAAUAAAUUAUCUAAAUUUGCUAGUGAAAUAUUUAUUACCGAGAAACCAUCGCCAACUACACAGAGCACUUUCAAAGACCGCGAGCAAUUCCAGUUAGGGAGUCUAUCACACUUCCUCAACCAGCGUUGUAGGAGAUAUCGCGACUUACCACAGUUUCCGCAAAUUGCACCUGAUCCAUCCAUGCGAAAUACAAAUCAACUGGAAGAAAUUAAUAAUGAUAUGCGAGUUAUUGAUGAAAUCGAAAACGAUGAAAGUGAAGAGGACGAUUUUUAUUCGGAUGAUGAAGAACAGAGUGAAGAAGAAGAAAGUGAUGAGUAUGAGGACGAAGAUGAAAGUGAUAGGGAGAAAAAUAAAAUCGAAGAUAACGAAGAAGACAGAGAGGAUGGUAAAAGUAAUAAAAGCAAAGAAGAUCGAGUUCUUACAAUAGCUGAGUCUGAGAAGAUAUCUGGAAAUCUUGAUCUAUUGCUCGAUUUAAAUUUUGAGCUAGCACCGAUUCUUGCUGACAACUCUGUCGUAGGACCGAAACUGGUGAACACAUCGUUUAUGCCACUCAUGAAUCAUACAGUCUGGCCUACUGGGAUUAGUAUUGAUACUUGUUUUCCGCGUGAGACAUCACCAAUUUUGUCGUCAAUGUGUGCAGUUUUAUUUAGGUUCACAAACAAUUUGGAGACUGAAUCUGCUGAAAUUACAGUAUCUCCGAAGAUCUUGGGUCAAGUGUCAACUAGUGACCAAAUUAAGGUAGACAGAUUAUCACCUGGUGAAAAUGUAAUUAAGAAAGUCUACAUUGACUUUGGUGAUAGCAAACGAGCAUCUGAAUGGGUUAUCAGCGCGCGAGAUGCCAACGAAGUAACAAUCACUAUUGAAGCUCCAAUGGGCGAACAAAUUGAACCGAUAAUUAUGACGGAAGAACAGUUUAUAAAUGGAGUUUUACGUUUAAGUGGAAUGAACGAACACUGCGGAAAUCUGAAAGAGCCUUUGAGACCGGAAGAGUUAUAUACUGUUGCAAAUUGCACCAAUGUCAACGGUUCCGAGACUCAUUUCUGUGCGCAGACGCUAUCCAAAAAACAACAGGUAUUAAUUGCUUUGGAAUCAAAACAAGUCCAUGUACACUGCGAAAAUAUUGUGCUUGGCUCAUUACUUUGCACUGAUAUUGUCAAGAAAUCUUUGGAGCUGAAUUCUUGA